AUGAUGCAAUCAGAGCCCACUCCCAUCAUGGGUACUCCAAACAUGAUGAUGAAUAAUCCGAACAACAACGUCGGAGCUUCUCUCAAUUCAACCUCCAUCAUGGAUACAUCAAACACAACCACCACCGCUGGAAUGGCAACUACCACAGGAUUGGGCUCUUCCAUGAAUGACAAGAGUAGACUCAUUGUUGAUCGUGCUUCCAGAAGAAUUACAGCCAUCGAGGAUAGUGUGAUUAGCAAGUAUGACGCAUUACAGGGACACAAACAUCCAAAACUCUUUAUGAGAAUUUCCAUCAUUAUGGUUUUAUUGUCAGUUCUAUGCUUUUGUAUAUGGAUUCUCACUACACCCACAGGAUAUCCAUGGUUCAUUCAUAUUGUUUGGGCCUCUGCAUUGAUCAUUGGAAUUUUAUUAAUUCAAGGCUCUCCAAAUUAUUCGGACAAACCCUUCUCAUUUCAUACUCUCUUCUUUGUGACAACAUCAGUGAAAUUAGUCAUCAUGAAUGAACAUACCCCAUCAAGCUUCCCAUGGUCCAUUUAUCCAGUGGCUGUAUUGUUACUUGCUUUUUUACUUCACGGAAUGGUGGUCAAGUUUAGACAAUACCUCAACCACUUUUAUAUUCAUCUUUUAUUCUACUCGGUGAUUAAUUUUGUGAUUUUUGUCACUUAUUGCUACACCAUUCAUGACUUCCCAUGGUUCCUGAUUGUGAUUGGUGCUUGGACUGUGAUUUUGUUGGCUCACUUUGCUAUUUGGAAGGCCUUAACAUUUAGAUUUAAUAAGAAGCAACCAGAGGCUAAUAAUGACACGACUGCCAGUGCCACCACGACUGCUACACAACCAACCACACAGGUACCAAUUCAAAACUAUGCUCAAACCGUUGUUCCACCACCACAACAACCAAUAUUUGUUCCUUCUCAAGCUUCCUCCCAACAACAAUUACCUCAAGCUCGAGCUGCACAAGUGGAAACUGGUUUUAGUGGUGAAAUUGAUCCAACCUUCCAAAUCAGUGGACUCGAAGACAAUUUUGAUGAAAAUCAAUUUUUCGAUGAAGAUGAAAUUGUUCCACAAAAGAAGAAGGGAAUGUAUGAGCAGGUAUAA